UGGGUGGAGGGGAUUUGCAACAAUUCACAGUUUCAUCCCUUGAGAAGAGAGACGGAGCAAUGCUAACAUCAGAUGUAGCACACAGAUCGAAAACAUUUCAAGAACUCUCUAGCAAUCCUGUUUUAUUGGCAAGGUGCACGUGUGUGAGAGUAUUUACGUGAACUCAUACACACAGCCUGCGGGAGGCUCUGCAUUCUGCCCAGCUCUGAGAAGAACCACUAUUUAGACGCUCUAAUUUUGGUCCCUGGAAGAGCUCCCUGCUGCUGCCCGGCUCUGAGCUCAUCGCUGACUAACAGGGCACAGAGCAGAGCAACGGGGAGCUUUGGGAACACGUUCUUCGUGAUUGGUACGUGAAAGGUGGUCUUUUAUUUGCUUGUAUGAAAUAACAGCGCCUGCCACUUUUUGCCCUGCGAGCUACCGCCCAUGACGGAACAUAUAAUAGCAGCCUGUGAGGGAGGUGAAAACAGUGAGACCGGGCUUUGAAUAGUCCGUCCGAAUUCCUACUGCCUGCUACCUGUCCGAGCUCGAUGCAGAACUCCCGCAGCCCCGCCUGCCGCCGCUCCACCCUGCCCAACAGCCGGCACAAGAGGCACGAAGAACUUUUCCGAGGCGGCUGCCCUGAGAAGCCGAUUACCGUCUAAAUCGGGAAAUAAAGAAGUCCCUCUGCUCCCCGCUUUGCCCGACCUGCCGGCACAGCGGGAGCCAGGGCGAGCCUGGCGGAGGCGGAGGCGGAGGGAAGGGAGAGCGCAGCUUGCCCGGGGCUGCCGAUCCUCCUCCGCACCCGGCGGCGCACGUUGGGCGGCGGCGGCGCCUUCCUCCUCCUCCUCCUUCUCCUCCUCCUACCCUCUAACCAUCCACCCCUGCCCGGCGCUGGCGGGGGUGGCCGCCACCUGUCGCGGGGCUUUGCCUCCGCCUUCCACCCGCGGAAACUUUGCUUGGCGUCAACAGGAGAGGAUGGAACCGGGGGAGCCCCUCAACCGGUCCCAGGAGGGGGCAGAGUCGCCCCGCGGGGAGUUCAACGCCUCCGGGCUGCUGGAGACUGAGGGGAAGCCCCUUUUCGGCAUCGGCAUCGAGAACUUCAUCACCCUGAUCGUCUUCGGCUUGAUCUUUGCCCUGGGGGUGCUGGGAAACUCGCUGGUGAUCACGGUGCUGGCUCGCAGCAAGCCGGGCAAGCGCCGCAGCACCACCAACAUCUUUAUCCUGAACCUGAGUAUCGCCGACCUGGCCUACCUGCUCUUCUGCAUCCCCUUCCAGUCCACGGUCUAUGUGCUACCCACCUGGGUGCUGGGUGCCUUCAUCUGCAAGUUCAUCCAUUACUUCUUCACCGUCUCCAUGCUGGUGAGCAUCUUCACGCUCUCGGCCAUGUCCGUGGACCGCUAUGUGGCCAUUGUGCACUCACGGCGCUCCUCCACCCUGCGCGUCCCCCGCAACGCGCUGCUGGGAGUCGGGCUCAUCUGGGCUCUCUCCUUUGCCAUGGCCUCACCAGUGGCUCAUCACCAGCGCCUCUUCCACCGCAAUGGCAGCGACCAGACCUUCUGCUGGGAACACUGGCCCAACCCGCGCCACAAGAAGGUCUACGUGGUCUGCACCUUUGUCUUCGGUUAUCUGCUCCCUCUGCUGCUCAUCUCUUUCUGCUAUGCCAAGGUUCUUAAUCAUCUGCAUAAAAAGUUGAGAAACAUGUCGAAGAAGUCAGAAGCAUCCAAGAAAAAGACAGCACAGACUGUGUUGGUGGUGGUAGUGGUUUUCGGCAUCUCCUGGCUGCCCCAUCAUGUGAUUCAUCUCUGGGCUGAAUUUGGAGUUUUCCCACUGACUCAAGCUUCAUUUCUCUUCAGGAUAGCUGCACACUGCCUGGCUUACAGCAAUUCUUCUGUAAACCCAAUUAUUUAUGCAUUUCUCUCUGAAAAUUUUAGAAAGGCCUACAAACAAGUUUUCAAGUGCCAGAUAGGUAACGAAUCACCUCUGAAUGAUGCUAAAGAAAAUAAGAGUCGGAUAGAUACACCACCAUCUACAAACUGUACGCAUGUGUGAACUUUAGAAAGUCCUGUUUGCUGGCUCUUCAGUUGUGUGAAUGAACGACACUUCUGGAAAACAAAGCACAAUGAGCUUUAUCGCAGCUUUUUCUUGAUAAAGCUAAUAGGUAUUUAAGAUAAUGAAGUUGCAUUUGUGUCAAAUGUUCAUGAAACUGGUAUGAAGGAAAAGUGGGCUGCUCCCUUAUAUUGUUGCUUUGCCAAAUGAAGCUCCUGACCUUUGAAAGAUAAUUCAGAAGAAACAAAACAUUGGAGAUGACUUGUGUGUGUUCCUAUUCAUUAAGCAUAAUGUGCAUAAGCAUUCAAAUGUAACAUACAAGAGGUAUUUGUCGGUAUGGGUAAAUCACUGAAUUUUCUCACAUCUUACUCUAUAGAAGCAAAAAGAUGGCUAAUUUUUCUGACUUACAGAUAAUAAGUACUGUGGGACAACAAUUUCAGAGAGGAAAAGUUUCAUUCUCUGUUCAGGUUGUUUUGCCAAUGUCUUUUCCAUUUUUAAAGUAAAGAUGGGAUCUGACUUUGAGUUGAAAUAACCAAUGUACAAUUUGAGGAGAUUGCUUUAGAGAGGCAACACCGAUUUUAUCUGUUCAGCUAUCUUUUUAAUGUAACAUAGUGAACGAUGAUGUACUUUUUACCUCUUUGUAUGCCUGCCUUACUGCAUACACAGAACUUUUGUGUACACUAUAUAAGGUUUUGUUUAUGGCCUGUGUGAAGUUCCAUCAAAAUGGAAAUUUGUCUGAGGAAAGCUUUCCUUCAGCUGUUGCAUGUGUCUUAUGUGUGUGUGUGCGUGUUUUGUUAACUUUAUUGAGUCCGAGAUGGAAGUACAGUUUUAAAUGUGCAAUAUGAAUAUAUAUUUUAAAAUAUUAUGUUCCAUGAAGUAAAUCCAAGCAAUGUGUAAGUGUUUAAAAACAGCAAUCCUUUAGAAGUUCUAACAGAGGUUUGAUACAAUGUAACUCUAAAAUGGAAAAUUUUGGAAGGAUACAUUUAAAUUGGUACAAAGUAUGUAAUAUAAAUUAUAAAUAAAAAGUGUGAGGGCCUCAGUAUUUUGAGGAUGUAUUGUUAGCUGUAGCGUGAUAUACUUUUACCAUUUAUGUUCAUGACCCCUGCAAUCAUAGAGCAAAUUAAGUUGAAGAAACCUCUUGGGAUCCUCUCAAGGCAGGGCUGCCCUCACAUCCAUAUCACUUCUUGUCUAGGUAUGUUUUGAAGAUUUACAAGGACAGAAAUUCAGCAGCUCAUCAGUCAUAGCUGGGAUUUCUCUUAAUGUAGCUUGCAACCAUUUCCCUCUGUCCUCUCACCAUGCCCUUGAGAAAAAUCUUCAAUCUAACCGAACAUGCAUAAUAAUAGAUGACAAUUAGAGUUUCUCCCCAUCUUCUUCAAGCUGAAAAAAUGAGGUUCAAAGUCCCUGGACUUCCACUGGACUUGCUGCAGCUUGGCCAUCCCUCUCAUGCACCGGAAUGUUCCAAACUGGGCAGCAUGUUCCACGUGCUUUCUCAUGAGUAUUGAGCAGAGGAGACAAAUCAUCUCCCUUUACCCCAUAUUUUUUUCAGUGGAAUUGCAUUCAGUCAGCCUGAUUUUUGAUGUGGUUUUGUUGUAAUUUAUUAAUUUGAUAACUUUUGUUCAUUCUCUGGCUCAUCAGGCGCUUCCAAAAGAAAACUCUUCACUCCAAUGUAUCUGCUAUCCACACAGGUUUGGUGUCAUCUGCAAGCUUGCAUUCUUGUGCCCUUGUUCUGGUCUUUGCUGAAGAUCGUAUAACCAUAGAAUGGCUUAGGUUGGAGGAGUCCUUAUAGAUCACCUAGUUCCAACCCCCUGAUGUGGGCAUGGCCACCACCCACCAGAUCAAGCCACUCAGGGUCCCACACAACCUGGCCUUGAACACUUCUAUGUUUGGGACAUCCACAGGGUGGAUCUGGGCAACAUGUUCCAAUUCCUCACCACUCUCAAACUUUCUUCAUAGGAGGGGUGCUCCAGCCCUGUAAUCAUCAUCACUGGACACAUUCCAAGAGCUCCACUUCCUUCCUGUGCUCUGUGCCACAGGCCUGGAUGCAGUACUCCAGAUGGGGUCUCAUAAGGGAAGAGUAGAGGGGGACAGUCACCUCCCUUGCCCUGCUGGCCACCCCACUGUGGAUGCAGCCCUGGAUGCAGUUGGCCUUCCAAGCUGCAAGAACACACAGGUGGCUCGUGUCCAGCUUUUCAAAGUUGUUAAAUAAUUUUGUGAUGCUUUGUCAGGUGCCUUUUUCUCCACAGACUUACUGGUCAGUUAUGGAGGGCUAACUCACAUGAAAAUGCCUCCUUACAUGUCAGUGUUGUCUACGUGGAAUCAAUAAAAUAAUACUGAAGGCAUGCUGGUGCACACAUGACAUUUGUGUCCAGUCCUUCAUAUGAAGAAGCAAUUUGAAGUUACUGCUAGGAGCACAAACAUACAAGAAAAAAGAAGUGGAAAAGAAGGGCUUAUCUAUAGCUAGUCAUUUUCUGGGUUAGAUCUGGCAGUAGGAGAACAGUCUAGCACAAUGUUGCUGUUAUACUAAGCUUUCAGUUUUUUCAGAUUCCAAUCACUGAAGUUAUUAAGUCUCUAUCAGACCACACUUGAAUUUAUAACAUAUUUGGUGAUCUUGCAGCUCCAAAAAUUGUAUUUUUUCCUUUUUAAAAAUUAUUUGACUAAAAAAUUACAGUGUAAAUACAAGCUUAUACUAAUAUAAAUUUAACCCUACUGUAUGAUUUCAGGAGGAAAUUGCAUUUUUUCUUGACUGUAAAUCCUUUUAAACUUAGUGACAUCAUAGUCAGUAAUGGGACUUCAUCAGUUUGAAAUUCUAAGGAUGAAGGAGUGGGGAAGGCCUGCAGUAAGAACAUGUUUAUAGCUCCCUGUCUGAUUUCUGAGGGUGUCAGUAAAUCUUGCAGCUUACUUCUCAGGGAUGUGUUAAGAAUCAUUUAUAACUCCAGAAUUCAGUUUUGUGGCUAAAACAUAUCCCUUUUAGUCCAUAUCUCUACCAUGGCUUUGAUGUGUCCACUGCAACCCAGAGGAAGUUAGUGUUAAAACAGUAUUAAAUACUGUGAACUGUGUCUAUCCCUUGAGAAGGUGGAGAGUUGUGCAGGGAUUUGUGCCAGAAACAUGGCUAAUUUGGGCAGAAAACAAGGGAGCAGGCACUGAUUACCCCGACAACAAAAUGCCUGACUCCAAGUUCUGAGUUUGCUGACAGAUUAUCAUUUCUUUUGGAAGGCAAAGAAUAAGUUUCAUCACACUUGUUUGUUUAAUAUGCUUUGUUACAUGUUCGUAACCGAAAACAUUAAUUAAAAGAGAUUAUUUCUCUGACUAAUGCAGAAUUUUCCACUCCAAUAAUUCUACUGAAUUCCACUCUACUGCAUUAAAAAGGCAUUACUAUUCCAUACCAACUAAAAUAGGCAAGAGGAAUAAUUCCUGUAAUUCCUCUUAAAGUACUGUACAUAUGUGUAGUUAAAUUAUGUAAAAAUAUGAAAAUCUCUUAAACUAUAUUUUUUCAAAACAUUGUGAGAAUUAGAGAUUCCCAAAAGCAACAGCUACUGACAUAUUUAUUUAUAAACUCCCUGAAAUUUCAUUGCACACACAGUGUUAAAAUGCUACCUCUUUGUUCUGUCUCAAAAGUAUCUCCUGAAAUUAAAAACAUACUUACUAUGCAUUUAAAACUGAUAGUAGAAGUGUAUCCCAUCAGUUCAAUCAGCAGGAGUUGUUCAGUACUUCUUAGUAGAGAAACACGGGAGAAUUCUAAUGUCUUGUUUAUUGCGCAUUUCUUAGCAGGCUCUGUAGCAGAGCUCAGUUCUGUCCAUCUCCUGAGGCUACAGUACGACAUUUCAGCAGGUUUCCAGCCAAUUUUGCAUUUCAUAUUUUAGAAUUUCAGGAUUUUAGUUGUUUACUAUUUAUUUAUUUAUUUAUUUAGCCAGUUUUGCUUUAAAAAAAAAUCUGAAAAUUUCAGUGUAACACUGUAUCAAAGGAACUUCGGAACUAUGAAAGUUAAUGUCUAAAAGAAACCAGGAAAUGGCUCUAUUAGAGUUCUUCAUGCAGUGUUAGCCCUACCUGUCUGGGGUAAGCAUUUGAAGUUUGGUAAAAGCUGUUAUAUGAACAAAAAAUUACAGCUGUGCUCUUCUUCAGCUAAUAUAGUCUAAUAUAUAUUUUGUGUCCUUCCAGAUGAGGGUGGACCUGUGUGCACACUGUGGAGUGCUAUAACUAAAUCAGAUUUCAAAUCCAUAUUUAAAUGGAAAAUAAUAAUAAUAAUCAGCACUUAAUAAGCGUACUAUACAUCACACGCAAAUACGCUGGAGAACGAUGUGCACUUUCUUGUCUACACAUCUAGCUGUGCUAACUUGACAGAAAACUCUAUCACAAAGAACCUUUGAAGGAGAUAAUAACUUUCUUUCAGAGUGAAGGUAAAGCUUAAUGACUGCUUCUGUGUGAGUCAUAAAAUCACACAUAAUUUUCAGAAGUAUGCAUUAAACAUUUGUGAUAUAGUAGAAACAUUCAGAAUUUCAUAAAAAUUGUUUCAUAUUAAAAAAAAAAACAAAA